AUAUCUGUUCCUUCCAUUUGCAGACGAGAAACCAGAUAGUGUACUUCUCUAAAUACUGAAAAUGUUUGUCAAGUUUUUAUGUUUCCUGGUGUUGGCAUGUAUUGGUGCAGAGGCGAUGGUAUGUUUUAAAGGAAUUUGUGAUAAACUGCCAGAAAGGGGACCGCUGAAUUGUGAAGGAUCUGUCAUUAAGAAUGGAGGAUUUUGUAGAUGUUUUGAUGUUUGUGCGAAGCAAGAAGGUGAAACAUGUGAAGCUGAGUUCAUUAGAGGUCGACCGCAGCUCGGCACGUGCGACAAAGGUUUGACGUGCAAAGCACAAGAACACAUGAUCAUAGGCGCGGGAAAAUGUGUUAAGUCAGAGGAUAGUAAUGAAACCGUACAGAAACCAGAAAGAUCGACAAGGACAUUGUGUGAGCAGAGAAGAAUAUCAUCCAUGAUUUCAAUGGUUGUUUACCGUGGUCAGUGGUUUCCUAAGUGUGAUACACAAGGUCUCUUUGUAGCUGAACAGUGCGACAAUAUAGGUCAGUGUUUCUGUGUUGACGUCCAUACAGGAGUGGUUGAUGAAACAACAAAGGUUCUGGGUUCAGCCAACUGCUAGUAAACUGCAAUUCAUGUCUUACUCACAUAAUGUGAAAAAAAUAUAUAAACAAAUUUUGAUUUA